AUGGAGCCGUCCGCUGCCCCCCUGGACACCACCCCGGACCCCGCCAUCGUGCAGCCUCCCGGCGCCAGCCCGCCGGUGCCCCCUCGGGAGCAACAACAGCAGGAGCAGCUACGGAUCGGGGAGAGCGGGCAGUUCAGCGAGGGGCUGGAGGACAGAGGUUUACUAGAAAGCAGUACAAGGCUAAAACCUCAUGAAGCUCAAAGCUACAGAAAGAAGGCAUUGUGGGUUUCCUGGGUCUCCAUUAUUGUCACACUGGCUCUUGCCGUGGCUGCUUUCACUGUCUCCGUAAUGAGAUACAGUGCAUCCUCCUUUGGAUUUGCUUUUGAUGCCACCCUGGAUGUUUUGUCGUCAGCGAUAGUUUUGUGGCGAUACAGCAACGCAGCCGCUGUGCAUUCUGCACACAGGGAGUACAUAGCUUGUGUUAUUUUGGGUGUCAUAUUCCUCCUGUCAUCUAUAUGUAUUGUGAUCAAAGCCAUCCACGAUCUUGCGAAGAAGGUGCUUCCAGAAGUGGAUGAUUUUCUGUAUAGUGUCUCUGUUUUAAGUGGAAUCCUUUGCACUGUCUUGGCAGUAAUCAAAUUUAUGCUGGGAAAGGUCCUUACAAGCAGAGCACUGAUAACCGAUGGUUUCAACUCUCUUGUAGGUGGAAUAAUGGGAUUUUCCAUCCUUCUUAGUGCAGAAGUAUUUAAACACAAUUCUUCUGUCUGGUACCUGGAUGGCAGUAUAGGAGUGUUAAUUGGACUUACAAUAUCUGCCUAUGGAAUCAAGCUGCUCAUCGACAUGGUGCCCCGGGUGAGGCAAACGCGCCACUACGAGAUGUUUGAGUGAAGGUCCCGCCCUCUCCUCUGUAAGGACUGUAAAACUACAGCGUCCUAUGUUUUGGCAAGUGGUGCCAAUGGUAUUUUACUGAAUAUGCAGUUUGUUUCCCGUGGUCUGUUUUUGUUGAAGUUUGUUUUAAUGGGAAAUCUCUCUGUAAAUCUGGCAUAUGUGCACACUGCUUGCAGUCCUGCCAAACAGCAGCGUCUUUUUAUUUCCAGUAUGCUAUUGAUUCCUGUGACAAUAGAAAACAUGCAGUUUGCAGUUUGAACCCAGCUGCCAUGUUGUAUAUUCCAGAGUGAAAGUGUUCUUAAUGGUGUGGUAAGCCUGUGGGUAAAGAAGUGCCAGUUUCAGGUUUGGAGUUUGUUUUUUUCCCCCCCCUCAGCCUGUAUUUUCCCAGACACAUGCUGUAACAGGAGUACAAUCCUUGCUAACCUCUUCGACUAGAACUAUCUUACAUAGAGUCUGGACACCAAGAGCUGUGUUGCUUAAAACACUUAAGUAGCUUCUUCCCCCUCCCCUUGAAAUAGACACCCAGAAAGAGCAGGCACAGCCCUUUCUGUGAUCAGAGAGAAAACUGCAUUUUAAUCCCAGAUUAACCAAAACUAUACCUCUUCAAUUUAAAUUCUAUUUUUUCUUAACGAGACACUGUUCAUAGCUUUGCAUGGACCAAACAAGCACACACAGUAUUACUGUACAGACCAAAGCCAAAAAGUCGUGCAGGGAAGAGGAGCUGCUGAAGGAAUGGGAUUUUUCAUCUCCUAUUAUACCAUAUGCAGCUGUACCAGCGUGUGUGACGUUGUGGUUGCUCUGUAGUCUGAUGACGGCACAGCAGUGGCUCAAUCUUGUGGUGAGAUACAGAUCUAUUUAUUAGAUUUAGAUUGUCCUGUAAAGUGUUGCUCACCUUCCAUCACACAUCUUAUAUAUUACUUAAUAGGUUAAAUGAUCAAAGAAUCUUGAUGUAUAAUCAAUAAAAAACUGGUUAUCUAUUUUAUACAGUAUCUGUAAGUAACAUUUGAAAACUAUUUCCAGAAUGUAUCAUAGAAAAAGUCUUCCUGUAUAGCAGCCUAUUAAACUGGAUUCUCUGGCUAUA